AUGCUGCAGCGAGGGAUGUGGGGGCUGCGAGGCGCCGUGCGUCGAUCGGCCGUGCGGUCGAUGCCGUGGCGGGCGUACUCGCAAAGUGCGCUGGGAUCAGAUGCGCUGCCCGCGCCGAGGGAGCAGAAAGUGUCGCUAGACUCGGCGGUGGAAUUCACGCCGGUGCCCGAGAUGUCGGCGCCGACGCCGCCGCCGAAGCCCGUGUCGGACGUGCUGGGCCUGCCUAGCGCGUCUCGGCCGCACCGCUUGCACAUCAAGUCGUCGCGCAAUAAUACCAUUGUCACAUUUACGAUGCCGACGGGGGAGCCAUUGGUGGGAGAGAGUGGCGGCACCGUGGGCUUUAAAAAGGCGCAGCGCUCGGGCUACGAGGCUGGGUACCGAGCGGCUGUGCGUGUGUUUCAGCACAUUGUCGCACAUCGAGCGCAGUGGGGUGUGAAGGAUAUCGAGGUGCUGUGGAAUGGCUUUGGCCAGGGUCGUGAGGCCGUGUUUCGGGCGCUGCAGGCCUCGGAAGGCGAAAGCGUGCGGCAGAUGGUGCUGGCCAUGACGGACAAGACGCCUAUCAAGAUUGGCGGUGUGCGCCCGAAGAAGCGACGGAUGUUGUAG